GUAGUUGUAGACUGACGGUGUGAACAGUACAGUUCUGUAUCACAAACAUGAAUUGUAAUCACUGUGUUUUCUAUGCCGUUGGAUUACUUGCAGCAUUUGCAUACGAUAAAAUAUCUCUCAACAAAAUCGCAACCCAAUCACAUUACCCUCCAAGUGGCACGGGUUACGAGGCUAGUAAAGCACUUGAUGGAAACACAGCGACGUGCAUGCGGACAAAUACCAUAGGAUACAACUCCCCAGACAAAACCGUUUGGUGGAAAGUAGAUCUUGGUGGAGUUUAUAGCAUUUACAGCAUCAACGUCCAGUUUAAAAACUACGACGGUUACGACAUCCGUCAAAGAGGAAGAUUUGCAGGGUUUUCGCUGUAUGUAUCAGACACUGAUGUAUCAUCUAUUGCUGAUAUAAAGGGUUCAACUCUCUGCUACAAGGAUGGACCUGAGUUACCUACCCUGAACUUUACAACAAUAUGUACAAAAUUCGGACGUUAUGUGUUAUUCUACAACGAACGGUUGAAGGAAGUUGAAUAUCCAGAUACAUAUCCACUCACCAAUGUCGUUACAGAGUUAUGUGAAGUUGCAGUACAAGAAUGUAUAGAAGGAUGGCACGGUACAAAUUGUAGUCAACAGUGUGUAGGACAUUGUAGAGACGGUGCGUCCUGUGAUCACGUGACUGGUCAAUGUGAUAAAGGGUGUGCUGCUGGAUGGACAGGGUUACAAUGUACUAAAGGACCAAAACCAAAAACAAUAGCGGAUUUUUGGAACAUGAUUUGGCAAGAAGAAGUGUGCAAUAUUGUCUGCUUAACCAAUCUGACAGAGGGAACAAAGAACAAGUGUGCCCAGUACUGGCCAGAUAUUAACGACAAACUACAGGGCGGGACGUUGACCGUCAGACAUCUUGAGGAGAAAACCUACGCUGAAUACAUCAUCAGGCGAUUCAAGAUACACAACAAAUCGACCAGAACAGACCGUCACGUGACGAUGUUCCACUACACCACUUGGUCAGACCAUGGAGUGGCUGAUUCUCUAAGUUUGGUUGUGUUCCAUCGUCAGGUGAUUAGAGCAACCGCUAACUCUGCUGGGAAGUACACAGUGGUACACUGCAGUGCAGGAGUUGGUAGGACCGGAACGUACAUUGCCUUAGACGCCCUCUACCGAGAAGGGGAGAGAACUGGUAAAAUCAACGUACCGAUGUACGUCAGAACAAUGAGAAAGGACAGAAUGAACAUGAUUCAGGGAGAUUCGUUUCUUGAGAAGGACUCCCUGAUCAGCGCCCAGUAUCCUCUACCAGACAACACCGAGGACUUCCUCAGACUGGUCAAGGACUUUGACGCCCGUGUUGUCGUCUUCCUGUGUCCACUUAAGGACAUCGAAUCUGGGUUUAACCAAAUGAACAUUACUGUUUUGGAAUGCCCAAAAUGGAGAGAAAAACAGAACACCUCUGAUAAAAGAAUUCUUUUGGAUGUGAUCAAGGCUGUCAAAACUGAAAAGACGAACGAAAAGGGACGGGUUCUAGUUCUGUCAAGUGACGGAGCUACACGCUGUGGACCAUUCUUUGUUGUAUACAACGUGUUGGAACAGAUCUCCGUGGACAGAGAGGUGGACAUCUUUACAGCUGUACGUUGUAGCACACCUGGUUAUUAUAGCGAAACGUGUGAAAUCCCAUGCCCCGUCAACUGUAAAGACAAAACCUGUCACAUAAAAAUCGGAUCUUGUUUUGAAUGUGAGCCUGGAUGGACAGGAACAAAUUGCACCAUAAAAUGUACAGAAGGAUGGUACGGUAUGAAUUGCAGCCACCAAUGUUCUGGACAUUGUAGAGGCAAUACCAUCUGUAAUCACGCCACGGGUCAUUGUAAUAAGGGAUGUGUAGAAGGAUGGACGGGGAAUAAGUGUGAGACAGUAUGUGCUAACGGUACCUAUGGUUACGACUGUGUCAACAACUGUAGCGGUAACUGUAUGAAUACCUCCCCAUGUAACAAACAGACUGGUGCCUGUGACAGGGGAUGUAACCCAGGGUAUUCUAAUAAUGACUGCAAAACAAAGUGCAUAUCUGGAUAUUUUGGAAUUGGUUGCAGAAAUAAAUGUAGCGGACAUUGUGUAAAUAACGAACCGUGUGAUCAUGUCAGUGGAGUCUGUUCUAAUGGUUGUAAGGAUGGAUACAUUGAAAAGCUGUGUAGUAAAGCUUGCAAGGAAUUACUGUAUGGAAAAAACUGCUCCCUUGUUUGUUCUCCAAAUUGUAAGACGUGUCGUCACACCGACGGAUUUUGUACUUGUAAAGCAGGAUGGACGGGCACUGAUUGUACCACAGAGUGUCCAACUGGAUAUUUUGGUAAAAGUUGUAGAGAACGUUGUAGUGGACACUGUAUAAACAAUGAACCAUGUGAUCAUGUCAGCGGAGAGUGUUCUAAUGGUUGUCAGGACGGGUAUAUUGGAACACACUGUGGAGACUUCAGCUAUGACGAUUGCCUUGCUUAUGAUGCAAUUCCCACAUCAACUGCAAAUGUUUGCCGAGCUACAGUUGGAGUAGCAGUUGGCACCUGCGUACUUUUAAUCAUUGGAGUUGUGAUCGCUGUUUAUGCUACACGAGGAAGAACAAAAAACGUUACCCAAAGAGUUGCAGUUGGCAUGGAAACUAAAUCCUCUUUUGCAAAAAACCAAGGUCCACCUUUUACAGUUGAUGACCGAUUUCGAAAUGAACAUGCUGAUGUUUCCAUCGUGUAUGAACACGUUUCUUAUGAAAAAUCAGAAAGCAGCUCUCCUUCAAAUAAAACUAUAUAUGUUAGGAACAUCAAAGAUCAAAUUGCAAACAUGUCUUCUAAUGAAUGCGCUGGAUUCAAGAGUGAGUAUCAGGGCAUUCCUCGAGGUGAGCUCUAUCCCAGUUUGGAAUCAAGAAAACUUCAAAACAAGGUUAAAAAUAAAUACACCACCAUUCACUCGUAUGAUCAUUCACGAGUCAUUUUAAAGACACCGUCGUCGGAUGAAGGAGAUUAUAUCAAUGCAAACUACAUAGAAGAUGCACGAGGGAAACGGGUUUAUAUUGCCACUCAAAGUCCAAGGCCGAAGACAAUUUUCGAUUUCUGGAACAUGAUUUGGGUGGAAGAAGUCUGUAACAUUGUCUGCUUGCAAAAUUUAGAAGAAGGAAACACGAAUAGGAUCAAUUAUUACUGGCCAGAUGUGAACGACAAAUGUAAAGGAGGUCACUUGACCAUCAGACAUCUAGAGAAUAAAACCUACGCCGAUUACAUCAUCAGACGAUUUAAAAUACACAACAACACGACGACCACAAACCGUCACGUGACGAUAUUCAACUACACCACGUGGUCAUAUCACGGACUGGCUGAUCCCCUUAGUCUGGUUGUGUUCCAUCGUCACGUGAUCAGAGCCACAGAUAACUCUGUUGGAAAGUACACAGUGGUACACUGCAGUGCAGGUGUUGGUAGAACUGGAACAUACAUUGCGUUAGACGCCCUCUAUAGGGAAGGGGAGAAAACUGGUAUAAUCAACGUACCGAUGUACGUCAGAAGAAUGACGAAGGACCGGAUGAACAUGAUUCAGGGAGAUGAACAAUAUAAAUUACUCUACCUUUUACUGAUGGAAGCAUUUAGUGGUCCAUCUAGAUGUAUGACUACUGAGAAGUUUGUGGGCGCCUACGAAGAAGAAACAUGUUAUGCAAAUCGUGGAGAUGUGGUGCAAAUAAGUUCUCAGUCUACUGAGUUUGAGGAGUUACUGUCCAUGAGAAAAGAGUAUACACAGCAAUGUUACACUUCUGGCCGUGCACAGAUAUCGGCUAACUACACUCAAAGUGUGCUGUCCGUUGAGGAGUAUAUGUGCCAUCUGUCCAAUAUUAAGGGACACAACACAUACUACAAUGCGAUGCUUCUCCAGUCGUACCUGGAGAAGGACUCCCUGAUCAGCGCCCAGUACCCUCUACCAGACAACACCGAGGACUUCCUCAGACUGGUCAAGGACUUUGAUGCACGUGUUGUCGUCUUCUUGUGUCCAUUAGAGGACAUUGAUUCGACACAAGCAUGGUUUCCAACAGCAAACCACAGCAAAUUAAAUGGACUAUUCGUCAUUAAGAACAUAUUGUCAACACAAGCUUCCAACGUCAGAAUAACCAACCUCAAUAUUCAAAAACAGGUUAUUUUUCCAUGGAAUUCACUGAAAAAAAACAUCACUGUAGUCGAGUGUCCGACAUGGAAAGAAGGAAAAGGAACUACUGAUAAGAGAGUUCUGCUGGACGUGAUUAAAGCAAUGAAAACCGAGAAAUCUGACCAAGAGGGACGCAUCAUAGUACUAUCGAGUGACGGAGCUACACGCUGUGGUCCAUUCUUUGUUGUAUACAACGUGUUAGAACAUAUCUCUGUGGACAGAGAGGUGGACAUAUUCACCUCAACACGUCAGCUCCAGGUCAGGAGGCCGGAGUUCGUGUCCACUUUGGAUGAGUACCAGCUUUGUCACGACGCCGUCGCAGAAUAUCUUAUAAACGACAGAGUUAUGGAAACUGUUACGUGUAAAGAGAAAAAAUGAAUAAACGAUUACUGAGUAAUAGAUGGCCAUGGUGUUGAACUAUUUUUUUCAUAUGUUAUAUACAUUUUCAGUUCAUAUUUUGUUGAAAAAACAUUUCUGCUCUUUGAUUUGAGUGGAUGACUUUUGUUCAUAUUACUUUAGAAUCGUGAAUUUUAUUAUCAAUUUCCUGUCAAUAAAGGAUCUCCUUUUUCGUGUAUGUUUGCAUCUAGAUUAUUUGCGUUUAUAUCAAAUGCAUAGUUUUGUUUUGCUUAAGAUCUAUGUAUUUUUAUUUCUAUAAAAUUAUUUCCAGAACGUGAAUUUGAUUAUUUUAUAUAAUAUAUUU